GACGGCCCGACCCUCCGCUGUUUCUGUCUCUUGUGUUGAGGAUUGCCGUGGGUUGGGAUAGAUUUCGAUGUCCAGAGAUGACCUUUGUCCUCUCUUACUGCCGAGACAUAUGCGCUAUAGGCUGUAUGAAAAUGGUUUCGAAGACGCCAACGAAGUUUGCGCGAAUGACACAUCGUUUACUGCAGAAGCGGCGGCAGUUCAAAGACGGCGAGAUUGCAUACCGGUAUUCCAUUUUCACGCUGCAUCUGAGAGACUUUAUCAAGAUGCAGAGAGUCAACGUAUCCCUACAUGGAUUCCGGGAUUUGAUGCACUGCUCAAUGGCGGUAUUCCAUCCGGGAAGAUAUUUGAAGUGACUGGAAUACCGGGUUCUGGCAAGACUCAAUUCUGCCUGCAGGUUGCUGCUUCGAAUCAAAUGCUGGGACACUCUACUUUUUAUAUCAGUACUAAAGGCCCGUUUCCGAUAUCACGAUACAACGAUAUAUUAAAUGGUAUGAUUGAAAAACACUCUAGAAGCGUCGUCAACAAGACGAAGACACAACAGACUGUCCAGCACAGAUUGUGUGACACAUGGACGGACCUGGUUGCAGUAGUGACAUGUUUGUUACACAAAGUGACGGAACCUGACUAUAACGAGGCGACCUUAGUUAUAAUAGACGGUUUAGAUUUUCACUUUCGUUACGCCGUAGGCGACCUGGCCCUGCGGCGAAGACUGAUCGCGGGUACGUCACAGAAGUUGGUUAGCCUGGCACACAAGGGUGCGACGUUGCUGCUCACGAAUCAUGUUGCUAUGAAGGCAAAGCCUCAUGAAAGCAAUAGCUUCAGGCUUGCCCCUGCAUUAGGCGAAGUCUUCGGGCACGAAUGUACACAUCGGGUGACCUUUUUUGUCAGGGAUGGGUAUUACGAAGCUUCCUUCUUCAAAGCUCCUACCUUUGGUCCAAUUUCCCUGAAGUUUGAUAUAACCUCCAGGGGUAUUGUCGACAAGGACUUGCUGUCAGAUAUGGAUGCUGCGUUCAGCGCUUCAGCUUAGGUUUUUUACAGCGCUGUAUCGCUUGCCUCCUAUGACAACAUUAUUCGGACAGAGUAUUAAAUUUAAUUAAUUCAUUCGUUAAUUCAUUUUCCUCACGAAAAGUCAGUGCGUUUAGGUGGAUGUGUCGGUGUGCAAAAAAAAGAAAAGGUUUCUGAGCAGUUCUGUUCAUAAUCUAGCAGUUUGUGUUGGAAAAAAUUACUGUAGAAGCUGUUUGGAUAAAAAAUGUUGGUGUCACACA